CUCUUUCUACGCACUGUGGUUUUGAAGAUAACCCUAACCCCUAACUCUGAAAACUUUGAACUAGAGCAAACAGAGAAGUCUACCUUGUUGGACCUUGAAAUACACCAAGGCACCCUGUUCGAGAAUGCCGUUGCGAAACUGGUAGGAUGUGUAAUCAACAUGGUCACCCUACAAUUCUUGCCGAUAGGAGUAUCACUUACAGUCAAGGAUGGUGGCAACACUUUUGUUGCUCUACGUAUCUUCGGAGGUUGCGAUUUCUUCAACUAUUGGGAAUCUUGCUUUGGAAGACUGAAUAUCAGAACCCUUCUUCAUAUUCUUUUCGACACAAAUAACGAAAGAAGUGCCAUAUCCAUCUCAAUCGACUCCAGAGAAGAAGAUUCCAACAAAGAAUACAACCCCGACGAACCCAACUGUAAUUUCUAGAACCCCUCUUCAUUUCCUGUUUCAAGAAUCAAAAUUGAUUGAAAUC